UGACACGUACUACUUUGAAGUUUACUUUAUGUGACCACCGUGAUAAAAACUGAAUACUGCAGCUAGGGUGGCUAGAAUCCUACCGCAGCGUCUUUACUAACUCUAUAGUUGCCUGUACAUUUUUAGCAUUUUUAAGGGAGUUUGGAGCUGCAGUGCGUUAAGCUGUAGCCUUCGAGAUUUAUUCCGUGAGAAUUAUCGCUGGAAUGUCAAUUUUUUGCCGGCUUCGACUAGCCACGUCUAAGUAUGCUUUAAAGUCGGAAAUUGGCGCCGGCGCUGGCGGUAGUUUCAGUUUGACGUCGGCACCAGUCACAACGUCCCGCCACGAUGCUGCCGGUCCAACCGUUCUACCAUUUCCUGCGGGAGUUGCCACUCACUCCAAUCUUGUCGACCAAGACUGCCGACCUCAAGUUUUUCUGUGGGAUGUACCAGGCACAAAGCCAGAGCGGGGCUGCUACAACGUUGCUGUUCAUCUACUUUGCUCCGGUCGUAGAGCGCUCGUCUCUAGGUGAUCGCACAGCUAGCCUAUCCCUCAAUGGCAAGGCAUACCUCCGCAUGCCGUUAACAUUGGUUAACAUCUUUCCCCUUCUCGACCUCGCCAAAAGGAACUGCUUCGCUGUUUGGGAUGAGGCCAUUCCAGCAAAGGUGACGGUGCGCAUCUUUGAAGCUGCAAAGGUCUUGGAAGAUGAGAUGCUGUCCUCGCUCAUUGAAAGCGCACCGUACGUCGUGAGACGGGAGGACACGGAAGCGUUGGUAAAAGCCCAUUUCGCCGCAGCAGGCGAGGCCGUCAUGGAGCACUUGCAGAUGUCCCUACUCUGCCCAGUUGCCAAGAGGAAGAUUCGUGUCCCAUGUCGCGGUGCCCGCUGCCGGCACACGCAGUGCUUCGACGCCUAUGCCUACCUUGCCCUCAACGAGAGCACGCUGCAUCCCUCCUGGCGCUGUCCGAUCUGCAACGAUCAGGUGCUUCUCCAGGACAUCUCCAUCGACCUGUUCACACUGGACAUCCUCCGCAAUGCCGACAGCGAGUGCAGCUCUGUGAACCUUCUACCCAAUGGCAGCUGGGCGCCAGUGACGGGCUGUGGCGACCGCAGUGUCAUCACAAUUGACGACAGUCCGGUCAAGAUGCCCAGAAGGGCGUUGUGCGAUACAUUCGUCGUGGACUUAACAGUAGAUUCUGACUAGACCGAAAGACUGUUGGCUGCUCGGCCAUUUGUCGGGGCUUUGUCGUUUUUGUCGGACACUGACCUGCCCGUCGUCUGCGAGCAAGGAAAUGGCGUGCCACAAGUGUGGUUCAAAGCACCUACCUCUUUGUGUCGCUCGGCUGUGCAUCCUUUCUAGAAGCGGCUGUAAAAAUUGAAAUUGCGAGAAUUUCGGUACCUGUGUAGGGGCCAGAUGCUAUAGCUCUUGCGAGUCAGCAGCAGUUUGUGUGUUUAUCAGUGAUAGUGUAUUAUUUUGUCAUUUAGGAUAGCAUGUUAUAAAUUCUCAUUUUCAUAAAACAAGUUAUCUUAAUAAGUUUUAUAUACCUUAGGUCAUAUGAAGCUAUAUUUGUGUUCCAAAGCUGCAGUGUUUUAUCGUUUUUUAUUCCAAUUUUUAUAGUUUUUAUUUUUUCAAUAUCUAUUUUGUUCCAGUUGACGACUAUGACUGUUUCAGCGGAUGUUUAUCAUAACUGUCGUGUUAGUGUUUAGAGUUACUAAUAUAGGGUGCUUAGCAAAGCAACAAGAGAUGAACAUGUAGUUGCUUUCUUUCUGUAACACUUUUCUUUAUGCCUUCCUCUUCAAAUAAAAGUUUUAUUCUCUCUCUCUUUA